AUGUCCACCUUCCGCCAAGAAAAUGUGGAGGACUACUACGAGAUGGAGGAAGAACUGGGCAGGUGAGCUGGCUGAGUACUUCGUUGUGCAUCUGCUUGCAUGUUUUGUCUGUGUUUGUGAGAGAGAAAUAAUAAUAAUAAUAAUAAUAAUAAUAAUAAUAAUGUGUCCCAUUGCUGACAGAGGGGGAGAGCAUGGAGAGACAGGAGGAGGUAAUUAGGCAGGAAUGUGGAACGAGGGAGGAGCAGCCUAGUUAAUAAUAAUAAUAUAAUAAUAAUUUAUUAUUUAUACCCCACCCAUCUGGCUGGGUUUCCCCAGCCACUCUGGGCGGUUUCCAGCAAAACACUAAAAUACAAUAGCCUAUUAAAUGUUAAAAGCUUCCCUAAACAGGGCUGCCUUCAGAUGUCUUCUAAAAGUUUGGUAGUUAUUUUUCUAUUUGAGAUCUGGUGGGAGGGCGUUCCACAGGGCGGGCGCCACCACCGAGAAGGCGCUCUGCCUGGUUCCCUGUAACUUGGCUUCUCGUAGUGAGGGAACUGCCAGAAGGCCCUCGGAGCUGGACCUCAGUGUCGACAACUACCAGCAAUAAAAAGGCAAGAAAUCUCCAAGAAUAUGUGUGUUCCCCAAUGGUGAAUUUAUAGGAAACAAGGUGUGAUCGUUGGUGUGUGCGCUGGUGUAAGUUAUUUUAAAGUUAUUGCUGAUCAAUUCGUGAUGAUAUCGCAAAACUCCCAUGGACAAUUCCAACUUCUCCCUUGGAAACCUCAGCGAAGCGACGUUGAUAAACAGCCUGCAGCUUUUGUUGGUUCAAGUUAGUUCAAAGUGCCUUUUUGCAAAGAGCUCGGGGACGCCAUAAUAGAAUGGACUGGCUUGUAAAAGAGUAUUGGGAAAUAAUUUGUAAUGAAUUGAAAAAAAAAAAAAGUUUAAAAGUACUUUUUCAAAAAAACAACACCAGAGUCCUUUUCGUUGGGGAUAAUUCAGAAGGAAAUUCCCAGGUGUCAAAAAAGGUUAUUUAUGUAUGCUACUACUGCGGCCCGUGUUUUGUUAGCCCCCAAAUGGAAAACGAGCGAGGUCCCAACCAAAGAAGAAUUGCAACUUAAGCUGUUGGAAUAUGCACAGCUUGCAGACUUAAUAUAUAGAACAUGGGUAGGCAAACUAAGUCCCGGGGGCCGGAUGCGGCCCAAACGACUUCUCAAUCUGGCCCGUGGACAGUCCAGGAAUCAGCAUGUUUUGACAUGAGUAGAAUAUGUGCUUUUAUUCAAGAUGGGUUAUUUGUGGGGCACAGAAAUUUGUUCAUUUCUUUAAUAUAGUAUGGCCCCCCACAAGGUCUGAGGUACAGUGGACCGGCCCCCGGCUGAAAAAGUUUGCUGACCCCUUAUAUAGAAUAAGAAAACAAGAAGAAUGUACGUUUAGAGAGAUUGGAAAACGUUUGAAUAUAUGGGGGGAAAUUGUGUAUAUUUGAAAACGUUGGCACCGCUAACAUAAAUUCAAAAGUGUAAAUCAGUUUUGAUGGACACAAUAAUGGAAUACGGAAUGGCAUAGCUUUUGUAAAAUAUGCAGGGAUUUAUGUUCUGCAAAGUGAACCAUGGAAAGAGAAGAAGGGUUAGUUGUUGAUAUCUUAAAGGUAAAGGUAAAGGGACCCCUGACCAGUAGAUCCAAUCGUGGCCGACUCUGGGGUUGCGGCGCUCAUCUCGCUUUAUUGGCCAAGGGAGCCGGCGUACAGCUUCCGGGUCAUGUGGCCAGCAGGACUAAGCCACUUCUGGAGAACCAGAGCAGCGCACGGAAACGCCGUUUACCUUCCUGCCAGAGUGGUACCUAUUUAUCUACUUGCACUUUGAUGUGCUUUCGAACUGCUAGGUUGGCAGGAGCUGGGACUGAGCGACGGGCGCUCACCCCGUCACGGGGAUUCGAACCGCCGACCUUCUGAUCGGCAAGCCCUAGGCUCUGUGGUUUAACCCACAGCACCACCCGCGUCCCGUUGAUAUCUUAAGGGUCUUUAAAUGAAUAUUCUAAAAGGUAAAACAUAAAAGAUGAUAAAAAUUGUGGAGAAUAGAGGAAACCUUCAGCACCCAAGGGACUGGCAGCCUAGGAGACUGUUGCCGUGCUGGGGCUUAAAACGUCAGACCCUGGUUCGAUUUUUCGGCUAUUUGUGUUUGCAUCCUGUGCGCUUGCCUCACACAAGCGGGUUCUGACUUCACACUAGAAUUUCAGAUCGCCCUGGAGCGUCGCUUGCGGCGUUUCUGCAUUCUUGACUAGUGCGUCAGCUGCACAAAUUAUUUCAGGGACAUUUCCUGUCUUGAGUAAUUCUAGUCUGGCCAGCAGAUUUGAGGCAGUCCCUUCCCCCCCCCCCGCCCCCAGCCUGGGAAAAGGAAGUGAGGAUGUCGCAAGGAUCUCGCCCAUAUCCCGAACUCAGAAUCCACGGGUGUUGCCACUUUGGUUUCAGGGGGUGAUGCGAGAUCCUUGCCCAACAUUGCGGCCUCACCCUGAUCUGACGCAGGAUUCGGCCCCAGACCUUUGCAACACCGUCACCUCUUUGGUAGCCGUAGGGCAGCCUCAUUAUAUGCUUGUUUUUGUGGACGUAAAUCCCGCCAGGGUGAAUAUAAAAAUCAAUGAUUUUUUUUUUAAAAAAUUGGGUUUUUUUUAUUUAAAUUGGAUUUUUUAAAAUUUUUAAUUGGAUUUCUUUUAUUUAAAUUGAUUUUCUUAAACAAAUAAAUUGGAUUUUUAGAAUAAAAUGGUUUUGGAGGAAAAAUCUAUCUAAAGGUGGUUUUCUAUUUAAGUUACAUUAUAGUCCAUCAGGAAAUAAGGAUUUGUUUUUCAUGUGUGCUAAAACUCAGUCUAAGUUUUUUUUUUUUUAAAUUGUUUAACCACAUCAGUUAACAAACAUGGAUACAUAUGCUAUAACAUUAUUGUUUUAGUUAAAAUAAAUUGUUUAAAUUGUUGUGAUUAUUUUUCUCCUUCCAAUAAAGCACAGCAGAAAAGUUGCCCAAAUAUAAACAGUUAACUUAUUAAACCUCACAAUCAUUUCAUAGUUAUUGGUCUACAUAUUUUUGAUAGUAUUACCAAUUUUUAUCUCUAAGUAUUACCAAAUCAGUCUUUUUUUUAUAUAACUGUAAAAAAAAAAUCCUAGCUAAGAAGACAAGGACUUUAAAAAGGAACGGGAAAAUGUUAUACAGUAAUUUAAAUAGGAGACCAUUGUAAGCAAAUCAAAACUUUAGCUGGACUAUAAGAAUCACUUGUAAAGUAACGAAGGUUAUGGACCAUUUGGACUAAUCAAAAUAGCGGAGAACGUAUUGAUAUGUAGUCUUAAUUAUUGUAAUAAGGACCCAUGUUAGGGGAUGUUGGGGAAAGUCACGAGAAUCUCACAAAACGAUAAUACAAAUUUUCUGGCUGCAAAUUUCUAUUGACAAGAAUUUUUUUAAAAAUCCCCCAAGAAAUAAAAAAUGCUUAUAAAAAAAUCCCCCAAAAUCUUAAAUUUUAUUUGAGAUAUGUUCCCCAAAAAAGGCUCAACAAUUUCGUCGUCGUCCCCCCCCCCCCAAAAAAAAUAACCCCGCAACUUUGUCCAGAUUUUCACUUUGGGGAAUAUGGCAGCCCUAUUUAAGAUCCCAAUUAAAUCAACCCCCCCCCUUUUUUUUGGACAUGAUGGUGAACUGUGAACUGAGAAACCAAAGCCAGUCCACUUAUUUUUCCUUUUUUUUUAAAGAAAACCUUGUGUGCUAAAUCUGUUUGUUCUCUCUCCCCGACCCCCCCCCCGCCAGCCUCAUUGCUUUCCGUCCGGAUGAAUUUUUGCUGAUGGCCAGCAGAAAUAAAACAGGUCAAGUCGCUUUUGUUCUGCUUCCUUGUCCUUUUCUUUUUGCAACGGCAACCGUAUAUGGAAAGCUAGCUUGGUGUGUGAUCUCACCUUUGAAAAAUGUAAAUAGCUGCAUUUCGAUGUCCCGUGCCUGCGGCUUUAUUAAAACAGAGCGCAAAGAGGUUUCUCUUCUUCCGUAGGCCUUUCCUUCUAUGGAAAGACUCCAGAAUUUGUGAAACAAUAUGCGUGUGACGGACAUUUUCUCCUCUUUUAGCAACUAGUGUAGAUGUCUCCCAGCUUUUUCACGCUGACAAAAACCAGGAAGUGCUUCUUUGCUGGGGCAGACGGGAGCGUCAGGAAUGUGCCUUGUGCUAACUGGGUCCGCUUUGGAGCACGGGAAAUCCACAAACAUCCACUUUCUGCAAAAUAUCUCCUUCAGUUUCAUGGUCCUGGUCCUCCUGCCUGGCUUCAUAGAACCGUUUUGUGGAAUAAUAAUAAUAAUAAUAAUAAUUUAUUUAUACCCUGCCCAUCUGGCUGGGCUUCCCCAGCCGCUCUGGGCGGCUUCCCAAAAAAUAUUAAAAUACUGUAAUAUAGCAAACAUUAAAAGCUUCCCUAAACAGGGCUGCCUUCAGAUGUCUUCUGAAAGUCUGGUAGUUGUUGUUCUCUUAGACAUCUGGUGGGAGGGCGUUCCACAGGGCGGGCGCCACCACCGAGAAGGCCCUCUGCCUGGUUCCCUGUAACUUGGCUUCUCGCAGCCAGGGAACCGCCAGAAGGCCCUCAGUGCUGGACCUCUGUGUCCGGGCAGAACAAUGGGGGUGGAGACGCUCCUUCAGGUAUACUGGGCCGAGGCCACUUAGGGCUUUAAAGGUCAGCACCAACACUUUGAAUUGUGCUCGGAAACGUCCUGGGAGCCAAUGUAGGUCUUUCAGGACCAAUGUUAUAUGGUCUCGGAGGCCGCUCCCAGUCCCCAGUCUAGCUGCUGCAUUCUGGAUUAGUUACAGUUUCUGGGUCACCUUCAAAGGUAGCCCCACGUAGAGCGCAUUGCAGUAGUCCAAGCGGGAGAUAACCAGAGCAUGCACCACUCUAGCAAGGCAGUCUGCAGGCAGGGAGGGUCUCAUCCUGCAUACCAGAUGGAGCUGGUAGACAGCUGCCCUGGACACAGAAUUGACCUGCGCUUCCAUGGACAGCUGUGAGUCCAAAAUGACUCCCAGGCUGCGCACCUGGUCCUUCAGGGGCACAGUUACCCCAUUCAGGACCAGGGAAUCUUCCACACCUGCCCCAGGUGUUGCUGAACUUUAACUCCCGUCAUGCCUUGCCAUUGGCCACGCUACCUGGAACGGAUGGGGGUUGCAAUUCAGCAGCAGCUGGAAAGCCCAAAGUUCCUGCUUCAGUUUUUAUUUAUACUUUUCAAGUUUAUACAUUUUGUUAGUUUUACAAUCAAUCUCACUUUUCGAAGUUUGACUUCCUUCCCCCUCUUUCUGCGGUUCCUUAAAUUUAUUUUUUAUUAUCUUCUGCAUAUCCAAAUUCAUUUAAUUAUCUACUUUAAAUAUAUACUCUUCUGAAGCUGCAGGUUGUUAUAAAAAUCCUGCCAAUGUUUUUAUCUGUUUGCAAUUUAUCUGUAAAUAUUCAAUAAACCAUUUCCAUUCUUUUAUUAAAAGUUUGUUAUCUUAUCUUGCUUUCUCAUUCUUUCGGUAAGUUUCACCAUUUCUGCAUAUUCCAUAAGAUUUUGUAUCCAUUAUUCCUUUGUUGGGGCUUCUUCUUCUUUCCACUUUUGGGCAAGUAGAUUCUUGCUGCUGUAGUAGCAUACAUAAAUAAAUUUCCAUACAAUUUAGGUAGUUCUGUCCCUACAAGUCCCAAAAGAAAAGUUUCUGGUUUUUUUUUUACAAAGGUUAUUUUGAACAUCCUUUUCAGUUCGCUGUAUAUCAUUUCCCAGUAAGCUUUAACCUUACUACAAGACCACCACAUAUCAUUAAAAAGAACCUUCUUUCUCUUUGCAUUUCCAACACUUGUUUGAUUUAUACAUUUUUGCCAGUUGACUUGGUGUUAGAUCCCAACGAUAUAUCAUUUUCAUGUAAUUUUUUCUUAAACUGUAACAUGCUGUAAAUUUUAUAUCCGUAUUCCACAAUUGUUGCCACGCUUCUGUGUCUAUAUUAUGACCAAUAUAUUGCCCAGUGAAGCUGGAUUUGUUUGGGAGUGAAGCUCCCCGGUUCAGAGUAGGAAACGUUUAGGACGCGGGUGGCGCUGUGGGUUAAACCACAGAGCCUAGGGCUUGUCGAUCAGAAGGUUGGCCGUUUGAAUCCCCGCGACGGGGUGAGCUCCCAUUGCUCGGUCCCUGCUCGUGCCAACCUAGCAGUUCGAAAGCACGUCAAAGUGCAAAUAGAUAAAUAGGUACCACUCCAGCGGGAAGGUAAACGGCGUUUCCCUGCGCUGCUCUGUUUCGCCAGAAGCGGCUUAGUCCUGCUGGCCACAUGACCUGGAAGCUGAACGCCGGCUCCCUUGGCCAAUAAAGAGAGAUGAGCGCCGCAACCCCAGAGUCGGCCACGAUUGGAUCUACUGGUCAGGGGUCCCUUUACCUUUAAGAUAUCAACAACUAUCCCUUCUUCUCUUUCCAUGGUUCACUUUGCAGAACAUAAAUCCCUGCAUAUUUUACAAAAGCUAUGCCAUUCCGUAUUCCAUUAUUGUGUCCAUCAAAACUGAUUUACACUUUUGAAUUUAUGUUAGCUGGCCACAUGACCCGGAAGCUGUACGCCGGCUCCCUUGGCCAAUAAAGAGAGAUGAGCGUCGCAACCCCAGAGUCGGCCAAGACUGGACCUAAUGGUCAGGGGUCCCUUUACCUUUACUUUACACAGAGGAAUGAUGUGCAGUGUCUGAAAUAGGAGUCUCAGAAAAAGGGGAAGGAAGUCAAGAUUUGAAAUGUCAAAAGGACUGUAAAAUUAGUGAAAUGUAUAAACCUGAACAGCAUAAGCAAAAUUUAAAAUAAAAAUAAAAUACAGUGGACGCUCGGGUUGCGAUCGUGAUCCAUGCGGGAUGCACGUUCGCAACCCGCGUGGGUUGCGAUUUGGCGCUUCUGCGCAUACGCAAAGUGCGAUUUGGCGCUUCUGCGCAUGCGCGACCGCCGAAACCCGGACGUAACCCGUACUUCCGGGUAUCGGCGUCCGCAACCCGAAAAUCGCAACCUGAAGCGUCUGUAACCCGAGGUAUGACUGCAAGUGAACGUUUUCCGUCCCUCUCUCUCCCUCUCAGCGGCCAGUUUGCGAUCGUGCGCAAGUGCCGCGAGAAGAAGAGCGGCCUGGAAUACGCGGCCAAGUUCAUCAAGAAGCGCCGCCUGUCCUCCAGCCGCCGCGGGGUGAGCCGCGAGGAGAUCGAGCGGGAGGUCGACAUCCUGCGCGAGAUCCAGCACCCCAACAUCAUCACGCUCCACGACAUCUUCGAGAACAAGACGGACGUGGUGUUGAUCCUGGAGCUGGUCUCUGGCGGGGAACUCUUCGAUUUCCUGGCCGAAAAGGAGUCGCUGACCGAGGAGGAGGCCACACAAUUCCUCAAGCAGAUUUUGGACGGCGUCCACUACCUCCACUCCAAACGCAUCGCCCACUUUGACCUCAAGGUGAGAUUCUGCUCACACAAUAUAAUAACAAUAAUAAUAAUAAUAUUUUUUAUUUAUACCCCGCCCUCCCCGGCCAGAGCUGGGCUCAGGGCGACUAACACCAAUAAAAUCACAGUAAAAACAUAAUAGGGGGGAAAGGGGGGGGGAGGAAAAGGUGGAAAAAACCCCAAUUUAAAAUACAGGUGAAAAUGCAAUUUAAAAUGCAGCCUCAUUUUAAAGUAGCUGAUAAAUCAAGACCAUAAGGGGAGAGGAAUAUAAGGGUCAGAUCGAGUCCAAACCAAAGGCUAGGCGGAACAGCUCUGUCUUGCAGGCCCUGCAGAAAGAUGUCAAGUCCUGCAGGGCCCUAGUCUGUUGUGACGGAGCGUUCCACCAAGUUGGGGCCAGUACUGAAAAGGCCCUGACCCUAGUUGAGACCAAUCUAACCUCCUUGAGGCUCAGGACCUCCAAAGUGUUGUCAUUUGUGGAGCUUAAGGUCCUCCGCGGGACAUACCAGGAGAGGUGGUCCCAUAGGUAUGUGGGUCCUAGGCCGCAGGCUGGUGACUGGGAGUGGCCACCAGGAGCAUAUAACACUGGUCCUGAAGAAUUUAUGUUGACUCCCAGUACGUUUCCGAGCGCAAUUCAAAGUUUUGGUGAUGAUCUUUAAGGCCGGAAACAACCUUGGCUCUGAAUACCUGAAGGAGCGUUACUGAGGUCCAGCUCCAAGGGCUUUCUGGCAGUUCCUUCACUGAGAGAAGUGAGGUUGCAGGGAACCAGGCAGAGGGCCUUCUCAGUAGUGGCACCCUCCCAUCAGAUGUCAAGUAACCAUACAGUCGUACCUCGGGUUACAUAUGCUUCAGGUUACAUACGCUUCAGGUUACAUACGCUUCAGGUUACAUACGCUUCAGGUUACAUACUCCGCUAACCCAGAAAUAGUACCUCAAGUUAAGAACUUUGCUUCAGGAUGAGAACAGAAAUUGCGUGGUGGCGGCAGUGGGAGGCCCCAUUAGCUAAAGUGGUGCUUCAGGUUAUGAACGGUUUCAGGUUAAGAACGGAGUACUUAACUCGAGGUACCACUGUACAACCUUUAGAAGAAAUCUGAAGGCAGUCCUAUAUUGGGUUGUUCUUAACAUUUCGUACCAGCUCCACCUGGUACGUAGGCUGAAACCCUACCUUGGACUGUCUUGCCAGAGUGGUGCAUGCUCUAGUUAUCUCCCGCUUGAACUACUGCAAUGUGCUCUAUGUGGGGCUACCUUUGAAGGUGACCUGGAAACUGCAAUUAAUCCAGAAUGCGGCAGCUAGACUGGGGGACUGGGACUGGCCGCUGAGACCACAUAACACCGGUCCUGAAAGAUCUUCAUUGACUCCCAGAACGUUUCCGAGCACAAUUCAAAGUGUUGGUGCUGACCUUUAAAGCCCUAAAUGGCCUCAUCCCAGUAUACCUUAAGGAGCGUCUCCACCCCCAUCGUCUAGCUCUGAGGGCCUUCUGGCGGUUCCCUCACUGUGAGAAGCAAAGCUACAGGGAACCAGGCAGAGGGCCUUCUUGGUAGUGGCACCCGCCCUGUGGAGCGCCCUCCCAUCAGAUUUCAAGGAGAUAAACCUGACAUUCAGAAGACAUCAGGGAAGUUUUUAAUGUGUGACAUUUUAGUGUAUUUUUGGUCUUUGUUGGAAGCCGCCCAGAGUGGCUGGGGAAACCCAGCCAGAUGGGCGGGGUACAAAUAAUAAAUUAUUAUGAUGAUUAUUAUUUGAUGUUUCGUUUUUUAAUAUUCUGUUGGAAGCUGCCCAGAGUGGCAGGGGGCAAACUCGGUCAGAUGAGCAGCUUGUGAAUAAUAAAAACAACAUUACCCUGAUCCUCUGGGGGCAGGGACACUGUACUCAUGCGUUCUCUCAACGUUUCCCCCUCCCAGCCUGAAAACAUCAUGCUCCUUGAUAAGAACGUCCCAAGCCCUCGCAUCAAGCUGAUCGACUUUGGCAUUGCCCACAAGAUUGAAGCAGGGAACGAGUUCAAAAACAUCUUUGGCACUCCCGAGUUUGUAGGUAUGUGUGUUAGACCAGGAUGUUGGGGGAGUGCAACGGAAUGGGGUGGUUGAUGGUUGAGGGGCGAGCAAGCAGGAGACACCCUCAGCCUGGAAAGGAGGGGAUGGUCUAAACCACCGAGCCUCUUGGGCUUGCUGAUCAGAAAGUCGGCCGUUCGAAUCCCCGCGACGGAGUGAGCUGCCGUUGCUCGGUCCCUGCUCCUGCCAACCUAGCAGUUCGAAAGCAUGCCAGCGCAAGUAGAUAAGUAGGUACCACUCUGGUGGGAAGGUAAACGGCAUUUCCAUGCGCUCUGGUUUCCGUCACGGUGUCCCGUUGCGCCAGAAGCGGUUUAGUCCUGCUGGCCACAUGACCUGGAAAGCUGUCUGCGGACAAACGCCGGCUCCCUCAGCCUGAAAGCGAGAUGAGCGUCACAACCCCAGAGUCGCCUUGGACUGGACUGAACCAUCCAGGAGUCCUUUACCUUAACCUUUACCUAUCUCCAUGUAUCCGGAGCCACAAAGUAUUUGAGAGGCAGGUGCACAGAUCCUGGUUGGUUAUGGUUCUCUGUCCCAGAAAUGCUUAUUUUUUUCUCAUCCCUCUCUCCAAAGCUCCAGAAAUAGUCAACUACGAACCUUUGGGCCUGGAGGCUGAUAUGUGGUGAGUAAAAUAAGCUUGGCUUAGAUUUCAUGUGGAAUUUAAUGUUUAUUAUUAUUAUUAUUAUUAUUAUUAUUUAAUGCACAGUAGCUUCGCUGUGACGGGACGCGGGUGGCGCUCUGGGUUAAACCACAGAGCCUUUGGCUUACCGGUCAGAAGAUUGGCGGUUCGAAUCCCAGCGAUGGGGUGAGCUCCUGUUGCUCAGACCCUGCUCCUGCCAACCUAGCAGUUCAAAAGCAUGUCAAAGUGCAAGUAGAUAAGUAGGUACCACUCCGGCGGGAAGGUAAACGGCGUUUCCGUGCGCUGCCCUGGUUUGCCAGAAGCGGCUUAGUCCUGCUGGCCACAUGACCCGGAAGCUGUACGCCGGCUCCCUCGGCCAAUAAAGCGAGAUGAGCGCCGCAACCCCAGAGUCGGCCACGACUGGACCUAAUGGUCAGGGGUCCCUUUACCUUUACCUUUCUGUGGGAAUCUCCUUCGCUGGAGGUUUUUCAACGGAGGCUGGGUGGCCAUCUGUCAGGAAUUAUUCAUCUGCAGAUUAAAUGAACCUUGGGGGCCUUCCAACUCCACAGUUUCCAUGGAUUUUUAUUUGUUUAUGAACCGCUUCCCAAGGUCUGUAGCACCCUGGGCCUGGGAAGAGAACUUCAGGAAAGCUCCUGGGCAGAGCCCGAUUCCUGCCUCUGAUCUCAGAUGCUCUCUAGCUUUUGGAGCACCUCUGGUGGGGAAAAUGCUCUGUGUGUUUUCUCCCCCUUUCAUCACGGGAGUCAACAGCUCUGUUUUCGCUUUAUCUACACUGUCCCUUACCCAGUUCCUCUCCUUCCUGCUUUUUAACCCCUCUCCCUCGCUAGACGACCCUAAACCUUCUGAAAUCUUCCUCUCUCCCCUCCUCGUGGUCCUUUGCUGAGGCAGCCCAAGUUCCUUUCCUAGGUCUCCUCUUCUCUAAUCUGUCAUGGCUUAUUUGUUUGUUUGUUUGUGUUGUGUUGGUGCUGGCCUUUAAAGCCCUAAACGGCCUCGGCCCAGGAAACCUGAAGGAGCGUCUCCACGCCCAUCAUUCAGCCCGGACACUGAGGUCCAGCGCCAAGGGCCUUCUGGUGGUUCCCUCACUGCGAGAAGCGAGGUUACAGGGAACCAGGCAGAGGGCCUUCUCGGUGGUGGCGCCUGCCCUGUGGAAUGCUCUCCCAUCAGAUGUCAAGGAAAUAAGCAACUAUCUGACUUUUAGAAGACAUCUGAAGGCAGCCCUGUUUAGAAAAGUUUUUAAUGUUUGAUGGUGUUUUUAAUAUUCUGUUGGGAGCUGCUCAGAGUGGCUGGGGAAACCCGGCCAGAUGGGCUGGGUAAUAAUAAUAAUACAGUGGUACCUCGGGUUACAUAUGCUUCAGGUUACAUACACUUCAGGUUACAGACUCCGCUAACCCAUAAAUAGUACCUCGGGUUCAGAACUUUGCUUCAGGAUGAGAACAGAAAUCGUGCAGCAGCAGCAGCAGGAGGCCCCAUUAGCUAAAGUGGUGCUUCAGGUUAAGAACAGUUUCAGGUUAAGAAUUGACCUCCAGAACGAAUUAAGUACUUAACCCGAGGUACCACUGUAGUUGUAAUAAUAAUAAUAAUAGUAAUAAUAAUAAUAAUAAAAAAAUUUAUUUAUACUCUGCCCUCCACAGCCAAGACUGGGCUGAUUAAAAUACAACUUUAAAACAAGAUUAAAAUACAACAUUAAAAUGCAGCCGCAUUUCAGUAGAAACUCAAAUCAAAAACUUCCCCUUUGCCCCAAUCUCACUUCUCUUGCUUCUCCCUGCUGGGACCCAAAGAUGCUUUCAGGUGCUGACCUUUCCUGCUGCCAGAUUCUGUCUUUAUUGCUAAUUUCUGACUCCUUGUCCUCAGCCGUGUGUCAGCGCGGCUGUUGAGUCAACUGGGGAACACCAGGCGUUGUUGGGCUUCAAUGCCCGUCAUCCCUAAUAUUGUCUAGGGCUGAGUCCUGCAGCAUUUUUUUGGGGGGGAUUGCAGAUCUCCCACCCCAUGUUUCUGUGUCUUUUGGGACAUUUCGAUGCUAGUACGUUGAUCUUCUCCUUUUCCUUUCCCUUCCUUCGUUCUAGGAGCAUCGGCGUCAUCACCUAUAUCCUGUGAGUAUUUCAAAACAAAACACCUUGCGCAAAGUUGAGCCCUUUGCUCAGAGAACAAGCAUAGCUCCGUCGGUAGAGCGCGGGGCUCUUAACCUCAGGGUUUUGGGUUCGAGACCCACGUGAGGCAAAAGAUUCCUGCAUUGCAGGGGGCCCUAAACGGCCUCGGCCCAGUAUACCUGAAGGGGCGUCUCAGUAUACCUGAAGGAGUGGUUUCUAGCUGUACAGGUAUAAAAGAAUAUGGAAAAAUUGGUUGUUAAUAUGUAAAAAUUUAAAGUUAUAAUAUAUCAAGAUUAAAGAUUAGGAUUAAAAAGAAGGGAAAGGAAUUGUUGGAUUAACAAAUUGAAUUGGAAUACAAAAGAGGGAGGUAUGAGGAGGUCCGGGAAACAAGUAAAUGUAAAAGAAGUAAUGAAAAGAUGGAAUUGUUUUUAACUGUUUUUUUUUUUCCUUUUUCCUUUUUAUUGUUAAUUUUUUUAUUAAUGUGAUUUUUCUUCUUUUGAAACUUUAAUAAAUAUUAUUUUUUUUUUUAAAAAAAGAAGGAGCGUCUCUCAUCCUCUUUUUACAAUUUUACCCCAAAGUUGUUGAGUUGGUUUUUUUUUUAGGAUUGAAGUUUUGCUGAGAUUUUUUAAGGAUUUUACCCCAGGACAUAUACUGCCAUGGGGAUUGGAUUAAAUGGACUGGAUUAGGCCCCUGAAACAGGCUUUGGACAUGCCUGAUUUAAAUUGUUUGGUUAGUAGUUACAAAACGCCUAAAUAAAGCCGUUUCUUCUUCCUUUUUUAUCCUUUCACCCUCGCAGCUUAAGCGGCGCCUCUCCGUUCCUGGGCGAAACGAAGCAGGAAACUUUGACCAACAUUUCUGCUGUCAAUUAUGACUUCGACGAGGAGUACUUUAGCAACACCAGCGAACUGGCGAAGGACUUCAUUCGGCGGCUGCUCGUCAAGGAUCCGAAGUACGAAACGCGGGUGAUGGGUUAUGGGUGUCUGUUUUGGGACUACAGUUCCCAUCAUCCCUGACCUGUUAGCUAGGGAUGAUGGGGGUUGUAGUCCCCAAACAGCUGGAGGGCCACAUUUGGCCAUCGCUGCAUGUAGCCUACCCUCAACCCCCUCAAAGUUCAUGGCAGCGGUGAGAUUUGAAUGCGGAACCUCGUGAUUCAUAGCUCGGUCUCUCUCAGUGCGACGCUAAUGCGCUCGGCGCAAGCUUUGGCAUAAUAAUAAUAAUUUAUUAUUUAUACCCCGCCCAUCUUUCUGGGUCCCCCCAGCCACGCUGCGCGGCUUCCAACAAAACACUAAAAUACAAGAACCUAUUAAACAUUAAAAGCUUCCCUAAACAGGGCUGCCUUUAGAUGUCUUCUAAAAGUUUGGUAGUUAUUUUUCUAUUUGAGAUCUGGUGGGAGGGCGUUGCACAGGGCGGGUGCCACCACCGAGAAGGCCCUCUGCCUGGUUCCCUGUAACUUGGUUUCUCACAGCAAGGGAACCGCCAGAAGGCCCUCAGAGCUGGACCUCAGUGUCGGGGCAGAACGAUGGAGGUGGAGAUGCUCCUUCAGGUAUACUGGGCCGAGGCCGUUUAGGGCUUUCAAGGUCAGCACCAACACUUUGAAUUGUGCUCGGAAACGUACUGGGAGCCAGUGUAGAUCUCUUUGCCAGGCUGCACAGAUCUCUUUGCCAGGCCAGAUGUUCCUAAACGACAACUAUGAGAGAAAAGGGUGUUUUCCCAAGGCAAACAUAUAUUUUCCUGUUGACUUACAUUUGUUCAAGGCCUCCGACGUCCCUCCUUGCCUCUCCAGAAGCCUCGGAAAAAGUAGAAUAAAUUAGGCAGCGUGAGACACCUGUGCGCAGAACCUGUUUAGCUUGUUCUUGCUCAUGCGUUGGCGCCUCGUGCGGCUUCUAAAAGCAUAGAACAGGGAUAGUGGACUUUCGCAGCCUCGCGUUCGCCUCUUCCCCUACCCGGCUGGUCAACUUUGACAGGUGGCCAGAGCCACCGCCUGCCAGUCACCUGACGUCAAAGAAUCAUAGAAUCCUAGAGUUGGAAGAGACCACAAGGGCCAUCGAGUCCAACCCCCUGCCAAGCAGGAAACACCAUCAGAGCACUCCUGACAUAUGGUUGUCAAGCCUCUGCUUAAAGACCUCCAAAGAAGGAGACUCCACCACACUCCUUGGCAGCAAAUUCCACUGUCGAACAGCUCUUACUGUCAGGAAGUUCUUCCUAAUGUUUAGGUGGAAUCUUCUUUCGUGUAGUUUGGAUCCAUUGCUCCGUGUCCGCUUCUCUGGAGCAGCAGAAAACAACCUUUCUCCCUCCUCUAUGUGACAUCCUUUUCUAUAUUUGAACAUGGCUAUCAUAUCACCCCUUAACCUCCUCUUCUCCAGGCUAAACAUGCCCAGCUGCCUUAGCCGUUCCUCAUAAGGCAUCGUUUCCAGGCCUUUGACCAUUUUGGUUGCCCUCCUCUGGACACGUUCCAGUUUGUCAGUGUCCUUCUUGAACUGCGGUGCCCAGAACUGGACACAGUACUCCAGGUGAGGUCUGACCAGAGCAGAAUACAGUGGCACUAUUACUUCCCUUGAUCUAGAUGCUAUACUCCUAUUGAUGCAGCCCAGAAUUGCAUUGGCUUUUUUAGCUGCCGCGUCACACUGUUGGCUCAUGUCAAGUUUGUGGUCAACCAAGACUCCUAGAUCCUUUUCACAUGUACUACUCUCAAGCCAGGUGUCACCCAUCUUGUAUUUGUGCCUCUCAUUUUUUUUGCCCAAGUGCAAUACUUUACAUUUCUCCCUGUUAAAGGUGACUGACAGGUGGGCGGACAAAGCUGACACGUCCUUGGGGGAGGGCUGCUUUGCCAGUGGGAACGUGCUGAGAAAGCAGGACUUUCUAGUGGGACUGACUUUUAAACCCAUCAGCAGAGGGACCCCAAUCCUGUUCCCUGCAGCAGUCUGCUUCUCCAGCGCAGCCUCUGCAGCGGAUUGAGAAGUGAAUGCGGUUUUGGAGAAAUAGCUUCAUGGGCCAAACUGGGCAACCUGGCAGAUCAAAGUUGUCUCAGGAGGUUCCCAUCCAUGCUCUAUAAUGUCACAGAAUCGUGAGUUCGCGCCCCACAUUGAUGACUUUGGUGACCCCCUUCCGACUCGAAGAUUCUAUGAAUCAUUGCAAAGGAAGUCGCUUCUUGUGUGACCCGCUAGAAGCACCUGUUAUAAGAAUUUUAAGAUCUCCAAUAUAGUAAGUUUUCCAGAUUUUUUUCAAAGAAUCUGGGGACACCUUUUUUUUUUGGAAAAAAGAAAAAAAAGUUAUUUAUAAAAAGUGUUGUUUUUUUAAAAAAAGAAGUAAUAUCUUCUCUUCUAUGUUCUCCUCUGUCGCGUGGCCUUCCUCUGGGCCCUGGCUUGGUCUCUUGGAGCGCUAGCUGCCAUGGAGUAGGCUUGGGUUGGGCCUGGGCUCGGCCACAUGACCUUGCCCUCCUGGUGCUCUCCUACCUCUCCGCAGCAGCGCGGCAAGGUUGGGGCUCCCUCUUUUUUCUCCUUCUUCUUUCUCUCUCUUCCUUCUCCUUCUCCUCUCCUCCUUCUCCCUGCGUCGGCUCUGGGGUUUUCCUGGUCCCAGAGCGCCACUGGGCAGUCGGCCGAGUGGCAAGGCACCCUCGCUCCCGGCUCGAUUUGGGUCGUGGGCGCGUGUGUCAGUGGUUCCCCCAGUUGACGGGCUGGGUGUUCCCAGUUCCCCAGCGGCGGCGGCAGUCUCAGCAGCCCGGAGCCAGCCUGGUAGCGCAGUUGGCUCUGGCUGGCUUCAAGAGCUGCUCGCUGCCGUGGCGCCCGCCAUUUUGCCUCGCCGGAAGUCCCCGUAUGAUGUGUCUUGUGCCGUUGAACCAAUCACGCAACAUUCAUUCUCUACUAAUGAGUCUACAACACUUAAAAUAUAAAUCCGGGGACAUUAAAUGAAAUCCGGGGACGGAUUUUGUCUGGGGACAGAUUUGUAAAUCCGGGGACUGUCCCCGGGAAACGGGGGCGUCUGGUAACCAUACAAUAUAGAAUAAAUAUUCAUAAAUGCACACAUAUCUAAAUAUAUAAACCAUGUGUCUGAAAUAGUACGGGAGAGCAAUCCUGAAGCCACUUUGACUCUCCUAGUGACCUCAAAUAUUCCUCUGCGGUAAGGGAGGAAAAUGGGAAAAGCCUCCCCAUUGUCUUUUGCUUAUAAAUCCUGUCUUAAGGGUAUAUUUGUGUAUGAAAAAGUUGAGCCUGUGAUCUGGACUCAGGAACUAAAGUAUUAACCAUCACAAAAGAAUGGCCAGGCUGCCCAGGCAAUGUAAUCAGUGACCAUUAUCAGGUAUCCUGGCAGGCAGGAUUUCUGCUGUAGACCUCCUCCUUCUGUGAUGUGUGUAUGAUGUUUUUGGGGGUGGUCUUGGGCUACAGGGUGGCCAAUUUCAAAAGUCUAUAUAGGGGCUUGCGCACCAUUGUUCGGAGUUCAGCCUUCCUCCUGCAUGUGGUGGGUGGGGACCCUGUUGCAAUAGUUCCUUGAAUAAAGAUCAGGCUUACUAGCCGCUUUGCUUCUCAGUAUACUCUGGUUGGCCUCUGUCAUUUUCUCCUGCCGAUGGGGAACCCACUUAAGGACUCUACAGUGGUACCUCGGGCUAAGUACUUAAUUCGUUCCGGAGGUUCGUUCUUAUCCUGAAACUGUUCUUAACCUGAAGCACCACUUUAGCUAAUGGGGCCUCCUGCUGCCGCCUCACGAUUUCUGUUCUCAUCCUGAAGCAAAGUUCUUAACCCGAGGUACUAUUUCUGGGUUAGCGGAGUCUGUAACCUGAAGCGUAUGUAACCUGAGGUACCACUGUAUAUGGGCUCUGGAAUACCCCAUAAGGGAAAGGGAGCAGUAUUUUCUUAUAAAAUUAUUAAGCAUCACUCUCUUGAAUGUACAACACGCUCCAUUCGAACACCAAGAGGAAAUGAGCAAGGUGAGUUUCCACAGGGCUUGUAUUGGACAGAAUCCCGGCGCGUCGUGUCCCUGGCGUGUUGUCCAUUUGAGAGGGAGAUGCUUAAUCAUCACCCAUAUCUGGGGGGCUGUCACAGAGAAGGUGGAGCAAGCUGGCCUCCAAGCUUGGUAGGACCCAAAUCGACGGAUUCAAGUGACGAAAGAUACAAAUAAUAUAAUAAAAUUUAUUUAUACCCCGCCCUCCCCAGCCAAGACCGGGCUCAGGGCGGCUAACAACCAAUAAUAAAAACAAGUUGAUUGAAAUACAACUUAAAAAACAAGAUUAAAAUACAACAUUAAAAUGUUAAAAUGCAGCCUCAUCACAGGAGGCGAAAGGAAAAAAGAGGGGGGGGGGGAUUAAAUUGAUUCUAAGCCAAAGGCCAGGCAGAACAACUCUGUCUUACAGGCCCUGCGGAAAGAAAUCAGAUCCCACAGGGCCCUGGUCUCAUGAGGCAGAGCGUUCCACCAGGCCGGGGCCAGUGUUGAAAAGGCCCUGCCUCUGGUUGAGGCUAAUCUAACUUCCUUAGGGCCCAGAACCUCUAGGGUGUUGCUAUAUAUGGACCUUAAGAUCCUCUGUGGGGCAUACCAGGAGAGGCGAUCCCGUAGGUACGAGGGUCCUAGGCCGUGAAGGGCUUUAAAAAUCAAAACCAGCACCUUGAACCUGACCCUGUACUCCACCGGGAGCCAGUGCAGCUGGAAAAGCACUGGGUGAAUAUGCUCCCAUGGCAGAGACCCCGUGAGGAGCCUCGCUGCAGCAUUCUGCACCCGCUGGAGUUUCUGGGACAGCUUCAAGGGCAGCCCCACAUAGAGCAAAUUACAGUAGUCAAGCCUGGAGGUGACCGUCGCAUGGAUCACUGUGGCCAGGUCAGGGCGGGAAAGGUAAGGGACCAACUGCUUGAUGCGGCAAAGGUGGAAAAAUGUCGCCUUGGCUGUUGCUGUAACGUGCGCCUCCGUGGAAAGGAUGAGAUUCUGACUAAACAGUAGGAAGAACUUUUCUUAUGGCAAGAGCUGUCCGAGAGUGGAACGGACUUCCGUGGAAGGUGCUGGGCUCUCCUUUGAAGCAGAAGUUGCGUGGCCAUCUGCCAGGGAUUCUUCCGCUAUGAUUCCCGCAUUGCAAGGGGGUUAGAAUAACCGAACUGCUUACCGUAUUUUUCGCUCUAUAACACGCACCCGACCAUAACACGCACGUAGUUUUUAGAGGAGGAAAAUCCGUAGGCAUGCCACCCGUAGGCAUUCCCUCCAUAACACGCACAGACAUUUCCCCUUACUUUCUAGGAGGAAAAAAGUGAGUGUUAUGGUGCAAAAAAUACGGUAGUUGCAAAAGCCAGGUGACCCGCAGGCCCAACUCCACAGCGCUAAUGAUUUCCCCAACAGAACUGCAUUUUAUUUUAUUUUAUUUUUUUAAUAUAAAUAUUAAAUUUUAUUGAACAUAAUUAUUACAAAAGACAAGCAUACAAAUACAUACAUACAUAUUUUUUCAGAUAAGCGCACACAUAUAAAAAAAUGAGAAAAGGAAGAAAGGAAAAAGAAAAAUUGCAAAAAGAAGAAAAAUUGGAAGAAUUCCCUCCAAAUUCACUCGAUGGAAGCGUUGGAAGUCAAACAAUGACGCUUUAUUGUUGAGAUAUUUGUGGAGUGAAUUCAGAACUGGAUUUUAACCUGUAUUUAAAAUGGUAUCCCCUCCCCCUUAUGUUUUUACUGUAAUUUUACUGUUUGCCGCCCUGAGCCCGCCUCUGGCCGGGGAGGGCCGAGUAUAAAUAAAAUUUAUUAUUAUUAUUAUUAUUAUUAUUAUUAACUGACCCCUGCUCCUUGUUCUGUUUCAGGAAGCGGAUGACAAUUGACCAGAGCCUGGAGCAUCCAUGGAUUAAGGUAAAAACCGAGAUGUUUCAGAAUGCUGGCUUGCGUUUCCUAGGCUAUAUUUUCCACCCGCUCUUGAACCAGGUGGGCUUCCAGAUUUGUAAGAUCGGUAGCGAAGCCUUACGAUCUAAGCCACUAAGCAGAGGAAGAAGGGGAUGUUGAGGAGGGCAGUUUGGGGAGAAGAUGGGAGCCGGCAAGUUCAGGAGACGGUGAUUCAGCUCCCUGCCUCCUUGGGAAACAAAAUCGCCCAGUAAGCAGCCUUCACUGCUAGAUGGCGCUGCUGGGGAAGGAUGGUGAAAGGGGCUGGAGCACACGGGUUGGCGGUGGUGGCAGAAGAAGGGCACAUUCCUCUUGACAAGCUCACCCUGACUGUGACCUGCAGGUUCAAAAUGGAUUCUAGAAUCCUCCUCACUCACUUUGUCUUUUGUUUUGAAGUGGGGGCUGCAAGGUGGCUGGAGGAGAGGUCCUGGAGGGGUCCGCGAUGCUUCCCCUCCCCUCCCCUUUUGUUAGGUUACGAUACGAUACGAUAAGGCCCUCUGCUUGGUUCCCUGUAACCUCACUUCUCGCAGGGAGGGAACCGCCAGAAGGCCCUCGGCGCUGGACCUCAGCGUCUGGGCAGAACGAUGGGGGUGGAGACGCUCCUUCAGGUAUACUGGGCCGAGGCCGUUUAGGGCUUUCAAGGUCAGCACCAACACUUUGAAUUGUGCUCAGAAACGUCUUUGGAGCCAAUGUAGGUCUUUCAGGACUGGUGUUAUAUGGUCUCAGCGGCCACUCCCAGUCCCCAGUCUAGCUGCCGCAUUCUGGAUUAGUUGUAGUUUCUUGGUCACCUUCAAAGGUAGCCCCACAUAGAGCGCAUGGCAGUAGUCCAAGCAAGAGAUAACCAGGGAGAUAACCACUCUGGCGAGACAGUCCACGGGCAGGGAGGGUCUCAUCCUGCGUACCAGAUGGAGCUGGUAUACAGCUGCCCUGGACACAGAAUUAACCUGUGCCUCCAUGGACAGCUGUGAGUCCAAAAUGACUCCCAGGCUGCGCACCUGGUCCUUCAGGGGCACAGCUACCCCAUUCAGGACCAGGGAGUCCUCCACACCUGCCCACCCCCUGUCCCCCUAAAACAGUCCUUCUGUCUCAUCAGGAUUCAACCUCAAUCCAUUAGCCGCCAUCCAUCCUCCAACCGCCUCCAGACACUCACACAAGACAUUCACUGCCUUCACUGGUUCCGAUUUAAGACAGAGGUAGUGCUGGGUAUCGUCCGCAUACUGAUGAACCCCCAGCCCAAACCCCAAGUAAAUAGAUGUGUAAAGAUUUAAAAGAAAGAAACUUUUGGUCUCAGAUGAAAAGGAUGGGUAGUGUUGCCGAGUGGGGAGAGACUCUGUGGGUCCCCUAGACCAGGGGUCAGCAAACUUACUGUGCCUUGGGCCGGUGUCUCCACGCCGGAGGAGCGCGUGCCCAUAUGUGUGCACACACGCUAUUUCCGGCGCACUUCCAGGUCGGAGGAGCACCGGAAAUAGCUUGUGCGCGUGUGCACGGGCCUCCUCUGACCCAGAGGUGCACAGGAACUAAGGCUUGCGCAUGCGCAAAUAACGCUUGUGCAUGCGCACAAUUUACCGUAUUUUUCGCUCUAUAGGACGCAUCCGACCAUAGGACACACCUUGUUUUAGAGGGGGAGAACGAGAAAAAAAAUCUCCCCCUCUCUGCGCAGCGCCCCUUCAGUGAAGCGGCAGGAGAAACGGAACCCCUUCCAUUUCUCCUCCCGCUUAGCUGAAGGGGCGCUGCGCCUUAGCUGAAGGGCACCUACCCUUCAGCGAAAGGAACCCGAAGCCUCCGGAGCGCAGCGGGAGCUCCGGCUGCGUUCCGGAGGCUUCAGGCGGCUAUCUUUGAAUCCUGGAGGUGCGCACCGACCCCUAUCGCUCUCCAGGCUUCAGUGAAGGCAACCCGAAGCCUCCGGAGCGCAGCAGGAGCGCUCCCGCUGCGCUUCGGAGGCUUCGCGUUGCUAUUGCUGAAGCCAAGGAGCCUGCAUUCGCUCCGUAAGACAUACACACAUUUCCCCUUAUUUUUUGGAGGGGAAAAAUGUGCGUCUUAUAGAGCGAAAAAUACGGUAUUUCCGGUGCUCCUCCAACCCGAAAGUGGGCAGCUGCACAGCGCUGGUAAGAGCGGGCGGCGGGGGUCGCCGCGGGCCAAAUAAACGAGUCCCUUGGGCCUUAUCCGGCCCGUGAGCCAUAGUUUGGGGACCCCUGCUCUAGACUGACCCCCUGGAAUGGGGGUGGCGGGUGGGAAAGAGAAGCAACUGCCCGAGCCUCUUUUCUGAGCGUCUCCCCGCUGACCCUUUGCAGGUGAUCAAGCGCCGGAACGUCCGCAACGAGGACAACAGCAAGAAGCCGGAGCGCCGCCGCCUCAAGACGACCCGCCUGAAGGAGUACACCAUCAAGUCCCAUUCCAGCAUGCCGCCCAACAACACCUACGUCAACUUUGAGCGCUUCUCCAAGGUCAUGGAGGAGGUGGCGGCGGCCGAGGAGGGCCUUCGCGAGCUUCAGCGGAGCAAGAAGUCCUUCCGCGAGGACAUCGAAGCCCUGCGCUCCAUCUACGAGGAGAAGGAGCUGUGGUACAAGGAGGAGAACGAGGCUGUGGGCCAGGACCUGCGGCAGAUCCGACAGGAGAUGCAGAAGACAGAGGCCCUCAAGCGCCAGGCGCAGGAGGAAGCCCGGAGCGCCUCGCUGGCGGCCAACGGGCUGAAACGGCGCUACCGGAAGCUGGAGAACCGCUACGAGGCCCUGGCCAAGCAGCUGGCGUCCGAGAUGAAGUUCGUGCAAGAGCUGGUGCGCUCCAUCGAGCUGGAGAAGCUGCGGGGCGGGGAAGGGGACUGCGGCAUCCGCUAG